AUGAAUACCAACCCAACAUUAAUCGUUUGUCUUUCUUGCCGAAAAUCAAGCUCCAUUGCAGCAUCCAGUGCGAGGCGGACAUCCUUUGCAAAGGAUUCUGCUACAGCUCCUCACAACUCCUGUGCAAGAUCUCCCACAUUGACGUCGGCAUGGCAGGCAGGAAUGCAAUUGCAACUCCUGGAUUCAACAUGUUCUGGACAGGUUACGUCCAAAGGUUUCUUGCGCUACGGAGAUAAGGCUUAUCGACACUUUGCCUCCUCGAAGACCCACUGGGAUGCCAGGAACAGCUGCUGGAACGUAAAUGCUUCGUUGGCAGUGCCCCUGAACGCAGGAGAGAAUGCAUUCCUAGCUUCACUCGUGAACACCGGCACAUUCUGGAUUCUGGCUGAUGACGCAACAACGGAAGGCGUUUGGGUGAAUACAGAUACAAGCGACCCACUACCCUACGCCAGGUGGAUAGUUGGCCAACCCGACAACGCCGGUGGAACGGAAGACUGCGCAGAAAUUACUUACCAGGCCCUGUGGAAUGACCUCCCCUGUACUCUCUCUCGCUACUAUGCUUGUGAAAUUCCUGUGGCUCAGUGUGAUCAGCUGAAGGACGAUAUUCGCUGCAGUUACUUGCUCUAGGCC